UACCUGCUGGCUGCUUUAACUUAGCUAGCAGUCUUACCUAUCAGUUCAGGAGUAACAAAAUGAACGCGAGAGAAAAUGAUUUUUAUUUUGUUUCCGUCUCGAUGUGCCGUCGCAUUUUAAAGAAAAGAUGAAGACCAUCCACUUGGUUUUAGUGUUUUAGCCACUCGAGCAUUUUUUUUUUUUUUUUUUUUUGUCUGAAUCCGUUUUGCGUGUAACUGGAAGUGGAAAAGACAAAGAGAAAAAGAGCUUUCCAAUAGCUAGAAUGGUUUGGGCCUAAAAAGAAGACAAGAGCAACAUGAACCGUGAGGACCGGAAUGUGCUCCGAAUGAAAGAACGAGAAAGGCGAAAUCAAGAAAUCCAGCAGGGAGGAGGAGAGGCCUUCCCAGCAAAUUCCCCUCUCUUUCCUGAACCUUAUAAAGUGGUGAGCAAGGAAGAUAAACUGUCCAGCCGUAUUCAGAGCAUGCUGGGCAACUACGACGAGAUGAAAGAGCCAAUUGGUGACACCCUUCCAAAGCUUAGUAAUAAACCAUCUAACAGCUCAUCUUCCUCUGAGGAGAAGUCGGGUCCACCUUUGUUUGGUGGGGACCAGCGGUGUGUUGGCAGUGGUGGCAGCAGCCAAAGCAGUAAGUGGACCCCCGUUGGCCCAGCAGCAGGAGGAUCUUCAUCCCAGUCCCAGAAACGCUCAGGACUCCAGGGCGGGCACAGCAGUCAGAGGAGCAACGGAGGCGGUAGCGGCAGCAGCAACAGUAGCCAGAGAGGGGAGGUACGGGAAAAGAAGUCGAGUAAACACAGCGGAGGGUCAGAUCACUCAAAGUCACACACAUCAAGUCCAGCCAAGGGCUCUCUCAGUUCCUCCAGCAGUCACUCGCGGAGCUCUUUGUCUGCUGAGCAGCAUCACAGCAAGGAGCGCUACCGCUCCAAGUCCCCACGAGACAGAGAGGCCAACUGGGACUCACCUUCACGGGUUCACACGUCCUUCCCCAGUGGACAGCACUCAAGUCAGACCUUUCCCCCAUCUCUCAUGUCCAAGCCCGGCUCAAUGCUGCAAAAACCCACAGCCUAUGUGCGGCCUAUGGAUGGCCAGGAAACAGCAGAACCCAAAAGCUCGCAAGCGGAAAGCUACACCGGACAGUCACACAGCAGCACCAUGGGAGAGAUGAAGUCCAAUGGCAAAGCCUCACUUACCAAACUUAAGAUCCCCUCCCAGCCUGUAGAGGGAGCCGGUGAUGCCAACUGUGUUGAUGAAAUUCUGAAGGAAAUGACUCAGUCGUGGCCCCCUCCUCUGACAGCCAUCCACACUCCCUGCAAAACAGAGCCCUCCAAGUUUCCAUUCCCCACUAAGGAUACUCACCUUUUUCCAAGUGGACCCAAGCGAGGCAGUUCAUCAAAGAGCUCCAGUAGCCACCAAGCCAAAGCUUGCGAUGACCAGCCCACUAGGUUGGAGGAAGACCUAAGGCUGAGCAGCAGUGAGGACAGUGAUGGUGAACAGGGCUCUGCCAAGAAUGCCUCAAGGAACACAUCAGCAAGCAAUAACAGUGAAGCAGCUGAGCAAUCGAGGGACGACUCCAGCAGCCACAGUGGCUCAGAGAGCAGCUCGGGCUCCGACAGCGAGAGCGAAAGCAGCACGACAGACAGUGAAGCCAAUGAGCAUCCACGGCCUGCCUCCCCUGAACCUGAAAAACCCAUGGCAAACAAGUGGCAGUUGGACAACUGGUUCAAGAAAACCAAGCACCCCUCAUCUCCAGUGGACAACAAUAACGUUCCACCCAAAUUCAAGAAAGACGGACGAGAAAACAGCUCAGGACGUAGCUAUAGUAGCCAAGGAGGGGGGUCAAAAGAUACAGCAGCACCCACCCCAAGCAGGGACCUACGGGCAGCCCAGAAGGGUGCCGAGGGGGGCCGUGGCCGCCAAAAGUCACCUGCACAGAGUGAGGGUGGUACAAAUCCACGUAUCCGAGUGGGUAAAAAGCAGCCUAAAAAAUCAGAGAAGCCUCCUGUGGUAGAGGAACCAAAGGGAGGUCUGAGAGUGGAGAGUGAGCCGGCUCCAGAGAUACCUCCUCAUCAGCCCAAAGCUGCUACAAAGGGUUCCCGCAAACCAAGCAUCAAAAAAGAACCCAAAUCCUCUCCUAGGCCCACUCUGCCCACUCCCUCCAGCACUGCAGCCCAGCGCAAACCCAAGGCAGCAACCAAGACUUCUCAGAAGUCUCGUGAGUUUGUUGAGACAGACUCUUCAUCGUCAGACUCUGAAGGAAAUGACAGCAUCCCAUCAUCAUCCCAGACACCCAAGUACACGGAGAGUAUCAGGACACCUGUGUGUGUGUUUUCGCCUAUGGAAGAGAAAGAGCUGUUGUCUCCUCUCAGUGACCCCGAGGACCGCUACCCUGCAAGACAGCCUCAGCAGCAAGUUUUAUUAGUCAAGAUAGAUCUCAGCUUGCUGUCCAGGAUCCCAGGGCGGCCCUACAAGGAGCCUGCAGAGAUAAAAGUGGAGAGGGAGGACUCUCUAGACAGGGAUAGCAAAGACUUCAGCAAACAGAGCUCUGAGAAGAGCUCUAGCAAGGCCAAGAGGAAGCACAAGAAUGAUGAGGAAGGCACCAAGCCAGAGACUAAGCGGCUCAAGCUGGAGGAUAAGUCUACAUCUCACCAUAAAAACAGCAGUAAAGAGUCUAAAAGGUCCUCGGAGAAGAAAGAGGAGCCAGUCCCCUCUCCUUCCAUGUCUGGUCUUCAGCGGACAAUUAAGGCAGAGCAUCCCAGUCGAAAGAGGACAGUUAGCCAGUCCUCCACGUCACUGUCCAGUGGGACAGGAAGUGGAAAAGAGGGGAGCCACAGCACCAAGGGCAGCUCCACCUCCAAACACAGAAAAGGAGAGGAGAAGGGACGCAGCACACGUGACGGCAAGGAGAAAUCCUCAAAGGGUUGUGAUAACCAGCUGGCUGUGCCUCCGCUCUCCACGGACGGCUCCAAGUCUCAGAGAUCCAAGCUGGUGUUUGAGGACAGGGUCCAUUCAGCAGAUCACUACUUACAGGAGGCCAAGAAACUUAAACACAAUGCAGAUGCACUGUUUGACCGUUUUGAAAAGGCGGUUUACUAUCUGGAUGCUGUGGUGUCUUUUAUUGAAUGUGGCAACGCACUGGAGAAGAGUGCCCAAGAGGCCAAGUCUCCUUUCCCCAUGUAUGCUGAAACGGUGGAGCUUAUCAAAUACACUAUGAAGUUAAAAAGCUACAUGGCCCCAGAUGCUACUCCAGCAGACAAGAGGCUAGCUGUGCUGUGCCUGCGAUGCCAGUCUCUUCUUUACCUGCGGUUAUUCAAGUUGAGGAAGGACAGCGCUCUAAAAUAUUCUAAAACACUCACUGAACACCUAAAGAACUCUUUGAGUAACACCCAAGCUCCCUCUCCUGGAAUGGGAAAUAAGACAGCAGGUAUGCCCUCUCCAGUAUCUCCCAAACUCUCACCGGGCACAGCAGGUGGGUACCCAGCAGUCAGCAGUACCAGCAGCACUAGCUCGUCUGUGACCAUACCUCAGCGGAUCCACCAGAUGGCUGCCAGUUAUGUCCAGGUCACCUCCAACUUUCUGUACGCCACCGAGGUUUGGGACCAGGCUGAGCAACUAUCUAAGGAGCAAAAAGACUUCUUCAUGGAGUUGGACAAAGUUAUGGGACCUCUGAUCUUCAACACCAGCAGCAUGACAGAACUGGUGCGUUACACUCGGCAGGGCCUCCACUGGCUGCGCCUGGACGCUAAAGUUAUUCCCUAGCAAGGACCGACUCCCUGCAAGCUGCUUUUACACACACACACACACACACCUCAGCCUCUUGUAUUCAGCAACAUGUGCUCAGAGACAGAGACACACAUGCGCAUGCCCUCAAAGCAGACACACACAAACACAACCCUCCUCUGGUCCUCCAUUUACACACACGUGUGAUGAACUUCUCAGACAUAUCUCCAACACUGUGUUCAUUUCCUACACCAGCUUGCCAAAAAAAAUAAAACAAAACAAAAAAACACUGAGCAAUUUAGAGCAUCUCUCACCUUCAACGGCACCACACUGGGAGAAGCAUCCACACUGCGGCAGCAGUCAGAAGAACUUAUCACCUGGCUUCACACAUAUAUUGGCAUUCUUAGAGAAUCUUUGAAGGCCAUGUUUUUAAUCUCUCCAGCAUGGAAGCACUGGGUGGAUUAUUUAUUACGAACACACUAAAACUCGGCUUUGGUUUAUAGGCUACUUUGGCUUUGAACUUUUUAUUUUUCUUCGUUUCACCAAAGUACCUCCCAUAAACACCAAAGGUGCUUUAAAAUGAAGGUUUCUCUUUAUCAUUUUUGUGCCUUGUAUGUCAGCUACAGGAAAAUAGUCACCUGUCAUAUCUGAUUAAAUUAUUUUUCAUUCUUUUUUUUUGCUAUAGCCACAUUUUUUCUUAUGUAUUUUUUUAAACGUUUAGCAGUUGAUGGAACAAUUAUUCUUGCAGCAAUUGUUUUUGUUUGGGUUUUUUUGGAUUGUAAAGAUGGCGUUGGCCACCACCAUUUAAGAGUAUGAGAAGCAAAACCUUGGAGAAUUGCCUGAAAAUAUAACUGAAGGAAGGGCUACUGUGCACAGCAGAUUUCAUAUGGCACACGUAUUUAUUAAUAAUCCCUUAGUACUUCUCUUGCUCAGUGUGCUCAGCUUAAAGAGUGUCAUUUCAUCUUUCAGAAUCAUGAAAUCUGAUUGGCCUUCUAACAAAUGAAAUGCUUCACAUGGCCUCCAGGGGUCGCUAGCGAGGUCUUUGACAAAAUUGAUGACAAUAACAUUGAGGUUUUCCGCCUCUUUGAAGCUCCACAAUUCGGCUUUUUCGUUUGAGAUGUUUUUCCCAUUUGUAGCUGGAUUUCCUAGAGUAUGAGCCUUUUCCAAACAGUGUUAUUCUUGUUUUCCCCCCAUGUUUGAGUGUAUUUUUCUAAGGAACAGCAGGGAGUGAUUUGAGUAUUGAAGAUCAUGUCCACAUCCAAUGCAGUUACAGUGCAGUUUUUGCAAGAACUGGGCCUGAGUUAGUACUAAUUUGGCUGAACAGAAGCUAAUGUAUUUGAAAGUAAAUAUGUUGUUUAGGGAAUGGAACUCAUUAGCGAUGCAGAUGAGUGAUCAGUGUUGUAUUUAUACAGCAGAGUUUUAAAUCUAUGAUUAUAUAUUUCAAGAAAAAGUAUAACAACCAAUAUAGAUUUUAUUUAUAUACCAAGCAGUUUUUUUUUUUCUUUGUCAUGCUAGCCAAGCAGAAGUGUAACUUGUCAGAUGCAUAAAGCAGGGUUGCAACAGAGGUUAUAAGAACAAGUGUUUAUAUAUGUUCUUGUUUAACGUUGUCAAACUGUAAUCAUACUUGUAUUACAAGAUAGUAGCUCAAUGUUAUGGUUCAAGAUGUUAACAUAGCAUUGAUUUAAGUUGGCAUUUGGAUUUUUGGUAAUUCACUGACAUGAACUGUCCAUUUUUUAUUUUUUAUUUCUUUUGUUAUUUCAAGCCUGUUUUAUAUCAAAAUAUGCUGGAAAUACUAAAGCCUGGACCAGAUAGCAUUCAUUUUGUUUUAGAUGCUGCAUAGUUUCAACAGGAACAUGCCAGAAAGCUCUAUAAUCACUCUUGCCCCCCCCCGUAUCUCAAGACAAAACAAGUUGCUGUUUGGCCCAGGUUUGACCCUUAUUUUUUGUUGUCUUGUCAUUUUCUUUCCUUCACUGGCUCCCUGGCCUUUAUUGUAGGAGGGGAUACUGUUAUUUUCUCUUACACUUGAAAAAAAAAAAAAAAAAAGCAAGUCAGAGGAGGUAUUAUUUUGAUCUAUGCAGGAUUUUUACACACACAAAAGAAGCUGUUUCUGUGGAAAAAAAAAAAUAUAUACAUAUAUAUAUAUUUUUAGGCUUGGGAUUCCCCUCCCCCCCACUUUCUUUUUUCCACCUCAGUGAUAAACCUGUUGAACUCAAAUCCAAUGCCUUUAGCUAUUGCAAUUUUGUGUACCGGUUUAGCGUGUAUGUGUGUGUAUAGAUCUGUUUUUAUAACCAAACACAGAUGGCUUUAGCCAUUUUCUACUUAAAGCUGGAGGCCACUUUUCUCAUAGGAAUUCCUCUUUGGGUUUUGCCAGCCCAAUCAAUGUCUUCAUACACUGGUACACUUUGUAAGUAGAGGUCAGCGCCUUGUGUUCCCUACACUAUCUUGUAGUCACAUGUUUAAAAAAAAAAAAAAAAAAAAA